ACUCCUUCACCCACCCAAUAGUACUGGCCGUCAGAGUCAGUCCACCCCAUGUAUGUCCAGAGUCUCCUGUGUGUGGGCAGUAAACACGCUGUCCAUCUUUGAGGGGGGGAAGAAAAGAAAGCUUGUUAUGGCCACACAACCACAGCUCAUUGUGAUCUGGUUGAGAGCUCCUGCUUCAAUACUGAGAAGCACAAGUUAAGGUCCAGAAUUGUGUCCAACCACAGUUUUUCCCUGAGCAUGGUGACAUCGAGUGGAACGUUACAGACCCAGUAGAUGACUUCUGGAGCUGGGCUCAGUCCUCACGGCAAAAGCUUCAACAUGCUGGCCAUCAUUGAGUCCUGGGAAGAGGAGGGGAGCUACUAUGAGGACAGCACCGGUCAGUUUCUGUUCAUCUUGCUGUUAAAGGUGGGCCUGGACUGUCUGGUCCUGUCGAUGUGCUUGCGCUGGCUGCACACCUCCUUCAUGGGCGUCUGUGGCCUCUCCGUCUUCCUGGUCGAUGUGGUGUUGUUGUGCUCUGUGGUGGCUGUGUGGUUCCUCGGACCCGCCCGCUCCCCGGUGUCCAUCUGCUUCCUCUUGGCUCAUGCCUCAGCCAUGUUCAACGCGCUGCCUCUGCCCGUGCUGGGCCUGGGGCUGCUGGACUACGCCUCCGAGCCACGCUACACCACGUGUCACGAAGCUCCCUGUAGGGACCUAUGGAACUAUGCCCUGACGCUGCUGGUGUGGGGGCUGGCCGGUGUGCACUCCUGCUGCUCAGCAGUCACCAACCUCCUAGAGGUUGAGUACGAGGGAGGGAGGAACGCUUUAGGGUGCACUGUGCAGGAGUCUGUGUUUGUGGUACAUUUCUCAGUGGGGAUCUCCGUGGCCAUCUGCUGUGUAAUGCUGCUCCACUACAAACAGAUGCCUUUGUGGCUGAAGGAGGCCAACAGGCUGUCAGAGCAGAGGGAUAAUGUUAACCCAAUGCUGCAGAGCCACUUGAGAUUCAGGUAUGCCAAGUUACAGCAGCUAGGAGGUGACGAGGACGAGCAGAAAGCACUGGCAGUGGAGACUGAAUGGCAGAGGCCCCCCCUUUACCUCAGCCUGACUUUGGACUUUGGCACAACGUGGGCAUCUUACCUGGUCAUGUGCAUCGCCUGUGAGCUUUUGGGCCUUGCAGUCCCUGCCUACAUCAGCAUCAACCUCCUAUGGUUGGAGUGUGCCAACAGCGUAUUGGUGGGGCUGGUGUUUUGGCUCAAGAGCGACUGACUGAGGCCUUACACCGCCAGUGGCAUGUUUACUGGCACUUAAAGUAAAGAUUCAACAAUUUUUUUUUUCUUUCAAAUAUUUUAUUUUACCAUUUUCCAUACAGACAAAAAUAAUAAUA